AGCAUGUGGCAGAUCUUGGGACUUGAACCCAGGCAGUGUGACUCCUGAGCGAACAGCAUGACUCUCAACCCUGUUGUCAGGCUGCCUUUCUGUUGGCUGUUUGGGGGUGAUGUCUAUUAGCCUUGGGAACCAAAAGAACCUGUUUCUGUGCCCACUCAGGCGCUCAGGUAGAAUGGGCAGAAGAUGGAAUGUAGGUCACCAUGGCAACGGGAUGACCUGGUCUCACAGCCCGUGAGCCGUCGGGGCCAAGGUUCUGCUGCCAACAGAGAGAAGGGUGGGGUUGGCAUGGGGCAGUGUUUGAGGUACCAGAUGCACUGGGAGGACCUGGAAGAAUACCAGGCCCUGACCUUCCUGACCAGAAAUGAAAUCCUGUGCAUCCACGACACCUUCCUGAAGCUCUGUCCCCCUGGGAAAUACUACAAGGAGGCGACGCUAACCAUGGACCAAGUCAGCUCCCUGCCGGCCCUGAGGGUCAACCCUUUCAGAGACCGAAUCUGCAGAGUGUUCGCCCACAACGGUGUGUUCUCCUUUGAGGAUGUGCUGGGCAUGGCAUCUGUGUUCAGUGAGCAGGCUUGCCCCAGCCUGAAGAUUGAGUACGCCUUUCGCAUCUAUGAUUUUAAUGAGAAUGGCUUCAUCGACGAGGAGGACCUACAGGAGAUCAUCCUCCGACUGCUCAACAGUGACGACAUGUCGGAGGACCUGCUGACCGACCUCACGAGCCACGUCCUGAGUGAGUCGGAUCUGGACAAUGACAACAUGCUGUCUUUCUCAGAGUUUGAACACGCAAUGGCCAAGUCUCCAGACUUCAUGAACUCCUUUCGGAUUCACUUCUGGGGAUGCUGAUGAGGCCACAAAUACCUGAUCUGGCGGCCCUGAAGGGGACCACUGGAACUUGGAAUUCAACCCCAUCCAGGUGCUGGGGGACUCUGAGUAGAAGUAUGACUUUGUCCCUGCCCUUCCCUCACUUCUAGAAUAUCAUUUAUUCAAUAAAACAAAAGAAAAGCCUUUUCCUUA